CCGCAGCAAGACUGACAAUGUUGUGGAUACGGUUCUUGUUUUUCUGUGUCAGGGGGACAUCGAGAGGCACAGGUAUGUGAGGUAUACCCAACAGGCCUCAGUGAUAUUGGCUUUGCCCCUGACCAGGGGAACAGACAGUAAAGUGCUGACUUCCCACUGAUGGCCCUGGUGGCAUUUUAAUGAACUGGAACAGGAGUGUGAAGUGGACUCUGAGGUUCAUAGAUGGGGCACGUCACAUCUGUCAUAAUCAUAAUUCAUAUUCCACGAAAACCUCAUACACCCUUCUUAUCUCUCUCUCUCUCUCUCUCUCUCUCUCUCUCUCUCUCUCUCUCUCUCUCUCUCUCUCCAGUCUACACUCUGGUUCGUCACAGAGUUAGCAUAGAAGCAAUUACAGGAUAAAUUGAUUCCAACUUUUUUUGAGUGCUACAAAAGCAAUGUCACCUACCAUUGUACUGUACACAUGGAAACUCUUUCAUCAUGCCAGCUCUUCACUCUGCACUCUUUUUUAACCAUAUAUACCUUCUUUUUAUAUUGCCUAGAAUGGUGAUAAAUAGCCUAUUCGCAUUAGUGGAAACCCAUUGUUUGUGUGUUUGUGGAUUCGUGUUCAGCCACUUCAAUUAAAACGACCUGGAAUAUGUCAGUAUAGGCCUAUAUGACUAACUUGUCAAUCAUCAUCAACCACUUUGAUGUAGGCUUACUGUGCUGUCUCUCGACAUUCUGACUUUGAAAUACUUCUUCACUUCGCUGCAGGCCCAUUAAUAAUUGAAUUUAUUUCCGCGGAGGGAGGGAGAGGAAAAUUGCGGGAGACAAGUGCUCUCUAGCUCCAGCUAAGAGACAUUAGAGAGACAUUUACAGUGCAUUUGCCUCUUGUUCUCUCUGCACACAUGGAUUGCUUCAUGAGCAGGAUACGUUUUUGCAUAGGGCCUUGAGAAGGCCGGAGCGAACAUACGGCACUUGUUACGUAAAGAACGGAACCCAUGUGCCGCGCUCCCAAAGUCUAAUGCCCACUCAGCUGGAAUUUGGGCAGUCACGGUGCUCCCUCUUGUGCAGACAGAAGGCGCGGGAAGGGGCCACAUAGCGAAAGACAGACAGAGCGAGAGACAGAGAGAGAGAGAGAGAGAGAGAGAGAGAGAGAGAGAGAGAGAGAGAGAGAGAGAGAGAGAGAGAGAGAGACCUACAAAAAAGCACAUCAAAAUAUGCGCGAGCGCGCACCUCGUGCCAGACGCCCCUUCAGAUAUGUCAGCGCGGCAGUGUCGCGCUGUUUGUGUCUUUCUUUUCUAGCGUCGCUCUAGAAGAGUCUAUUUAUACUAUCCAGAUUGCAGCAAUAGCUUGACUGUAAUUCAGUCACUCACGGGUGGCGUUGGGGAAUCAUAUGACCGUCUCUCUCUCUCUCUCCCCUCCUCUCAUUCCUGUGGUAUCGCAGUGACAGUGGGAGCGUCUGUUGCUUCUUUCUCACACACCGUCACCUCAGCAGUCAGACACACGCGCACAGAGAUAACCGAGGCGACAGCUUUGCUGGAGAAUGUUCCACGACGGACGUUGGAUAUUGAAGCCUUGAAUACAUUCACGUUUCGAGCUAGGGGACAUACAGUACACGGUUGAAUAGGAACUUGACGCAAGAGGAGAGAUGCCCGAGGAAAAAGCGUUCCACCAGCAGGCCAUGCACAGUCCGCUGGAGCAGCAGAAGUCUGGGGGCUCCGGUGAGGGGGGAGGGGGCUGCUCGGCCAUCCCCUGCCAGACCUGUGGGAAGCCCUGCAAGGGAGAGGUGCUGCGCGUGCAGAACAAACACUUCCACAUCAAAUGCUUCAUCUGUAAAGUAUGCGGCAGUGACCUGGCCCAGGGCGGCUUUUUCGUGCGGCAGGGUGACUACAUCUGCACGCUGGACUACCAGCGCAUGUACGGCACGCGCUGCUUCAGCUGCGAGGAGUUCAUUGAGGGCGAGGUGGUGUCGGCCCUGGGCAAGACCUACCACCCACGCUGCUUCGUCUGCGCUAGCUGCAAACAGCCCUUCCCUCCUGGCGACCGGGUGACGUUCAAUGGCAAGGAGUGCACCUGCCAGAACUGCACACUGCCCAUGGCAGCCGACAGCCCUGCCCCCAUACAGGCUGUGCACAAUUGCUGUGGCUGUGGAAAGGAGUUUAAGAAUGAGCAGUCUCUGGUGGCCCUGGACAAGCACUGGCACCUGGGCUGCUUCAAGUGCAAAGUCUGCAACAAAGUGCUCAACGCCGAGUACAUCAGCAAGGAUGGGAUUCCCUACUGUGAGACGGACUACCACGCCAUGUUUGGCAUCCAGUGCGAGAGCUGCAAAAAAUACAUCACCGGCAAAGUAUUGGAGGCUGGAGAGAAACAUUACCAUCCAACAUGUGCCCGCUGUGCCCGCUGUGACCAGAUGUUUGGGGAGGGAGAGGAAAUGUACCUGCAAGGCUCAAAUAUCUGGCACCCCCCUUGCAGACAGGCUGCCCGGAUUGAGGAGAAGAGCAAGAAGCAGGUCCGGAUACAGCUCAAUGACCUCCCCAUACAGGUUACCAGGACCUCCUCUGAAAGCAUCACCUCAGCACCUGCCUCAUCGUCAGGCUCCCCAAGUCGAGUCAUCUAUGCAAAGCUUGGAGAAGAGCUUCUGGACUACAAGGACCUUGCCGCUCUUCCCAAAACAAAAGCGAUCUACAACAUCGACCGGCCCGACAUGCUGUCCUACUCGCCCUACAUCAGCUACCCCACUGACGAGAGGGUCUAUGGAGAGUCACCCCAGUUGCUAUCCCCUACUCCAACAGAGGGAGAAGGAGAGAAAUCGCCCCGACAGAGGAGGCCCUCCAGCCCCAGCUCCAACAGCUCGCUGGGGGGUUACGGACGCUACACCCCCUCCCGUUCACCACAGAACUAUAGCAGAGCAGAACAUUACAGGGGUGCUCCUCACUACAGCGCCCAUCACGGAAACUCCAGUUCUCUGCCCUACUACGGAGCGGGCAGGCACACCCCCACCAGCCCCACUGGUGCCAGGGACCCCUCCUUCCUGCCCCUGUACUACUCUGGGCAGGCCAGGCAAGGGGGCCACUUUGGGAGUCUUACUACUGGUGGCGGUGGAGGUGGUGGUAGUGGUACCACGCUCCCACUUAAUCCCACCACCCUGGCAAUGCUGCAGCAACACAACUACAUCCCUUACUUCAGAGGUAGUGAAAGUGGUCGGAGUACCCCCAGUCUGUCCACCUACUCCGACGGGAAGUCCCCGUCCUCUACGUACGUUGCGGCCCCCCGGCACUUCCACAUCCCAGAAAAUAAGGUCAAAGAUAAUAUCUAUAGAAAGCCCCCUAUCUACAAACAGCAUGCAUCCAGAACGUCAUGGCAGGACGGAGACGAAAUCGACCGAAAGACCAGGACCAGCUGGAUGAUACUGAAGAAUGAGAUUGACGGAGUGUCCCCAGACAGCACGGACCCCAGGACAUCCACCCACAGCCUGCCCACCGACACCUCACAGCCCAAUUUCCCAUACAACAAGUCUGCUUCUCUGCCUGGAUAUGGACGCAAUGGCAUUUACAAGGCUGCCGAUAUGGGUGAGGACGACCCAGACCAUGACUCUGACAACUGGGGAGGGAUGAGAGAAUACAAGAUUUACCCCUACGAUGUCCUGGCCGUCACACACAGAGUGCGAGUCAAGCUGCCGCGAGACGUGGACCGCACCAGACUGGAGAGGCACUUAUCCCCAGAGGAUUUCUACAUGGUGUUCGGCAUGACCCUGGAGCAGUUUGACCGCAUGGCCUUGUGGAAGAAGAACGACAUGAAGAAGAAAGCACGACUCUUCUAAGAUAGCCGCCUGAAAGGAAGCAAGGAAGGAAAGAAGGAAGGAUGGAAGGAAGAAGAGUAUCUGCAUCUCUCUUUCUCUCACACUCUCUAGCUAUCUCCCAUCCCUCGCUUCUGUCUGCAUCUCCUGAUUAUCCUCUCGGAACAGGAGGGGGGUGGGACACCUCUCUGGUCAUUUUUUAAAAAACGGAAGGGCACCAACGUGCCACUGCACACCUGAACUCUACAUCACCACCUUCGGAGGGGCUUCCAGAAGAAACAACAAGCUAGAACCUACUAUAUAUCACAGCGUUACUCCAAUGUUCCUCGACCGUUACUUUAACAUUACUCUAUUGUCACUCUGAUCUUACUCUAAGGUCACUCCAACAAUAAUCAUUGCUCUGAUGGGGUGGGGCGGGAUGAGUGAUGUUCUGGGCGAAGUGUACACUGUCUGAAUGUUACACUGACGACAAGCAAAGGGAGAGUAGCAUCGCACCUCUCAAGUAGCGCACCAUUUACCGGUUCUUUUGUUCUUUGGCUUGCUUUGGUGUUGUUUUUUCCAACUUCUCUCACAUAUACUUUGCGUGUCUUACCUCAGGUGUAUCAAACUGUUUCUGUCUCCCUGUCUCUCCCUCUAUCUCUCUCUCUCUCUCUCUCUCUCUCUCUCUCUCUCUCUCUCUCUCUCUCUCUCUCUCUCUCUCUCUGUCUCUCUGUCUCUCUCUCUCUCUCUCCUCCUCUUUCUGAUUUAUGCACAGCUCAAGGUUGCCUUUGCGCUGAAAGCUGAAAAAUAAGAGCUUUAGCUAAUCCAGCCCAGGCCUCUGUCUCUUCUCCUUCUCAUUUUUUUUCUUCUUUGAUGUGUGUCCACACUCUCAACACUCACUCACCCUCGCUCACUCAUUUUUCCAUCCAAAAGAUACUCAUCUCUCUUUCAAUUUUUUUUCCCCUACCGAUGAAGCUCAGAAACAAGAAAUAUUGCUCAAGGAGCCUCCUGAGACCUUCCUACUUCUGCUGAAGGGAUAUCAUGACCUGAGAGGGUCGUUAUGCAGGUGUGUGCUCUCUCGAAAACCAACACCUGAUGCAAUGCCUCAAGGGUUAGUGUGACUCACUGGAAGUCUAUGUUAUAAUACAUCGGUACUUCAUGGAGUAGCGUUUUUAAAAAUAAGGAUGCUGACCGAAGCAUUUUUUUUUUGAGCAUUCAGCCAGAGACGCAGAGCGGAGGAGGGUUC